ACUACCGUAUCUAUUUGCACAAUAAAAGUGUUUGUUUUGCAUUGCACUGUUUACCUAUUCUUGGCACUAUUGUGGCCCGUGAACAAUGCAAAAAUAAUUUUGUGGCCCGCGAAGCGGACAACCUUGGACUACCCUGGUAUAGACUAUAGUUAUACCUUAUAACAGUAUAAUGUUUGCAUUGGAAUUGAACCCACUUUCAAGGAUUGCUUACAGCUUGCUGUUAAUCAAUUGUGUACAUGCAUGUUCGUCUUGCCAUACAGUCGUUGGAUAGUGUUAUUGGUAUUGGUUAAUCAGUAAUUCCAACUGCUGAAUUGUGAGUAUUGUUAGCACUGCCAGUACAGGUACCAAAAUAGUAUAAUACAGUAUGGUAAUAGCCUAAAUUAAACAUUGUUGUUAUUGUACAGUGGUAAAUACUAUAUCUGAUGGAUAAUGAAAUAUGGUUGACAUUACCUCACCAUAUUCUUGUUCAAAUUUUCUCUUGUCUGUCACAAAAUGAUCGAUUGACACUCAGUCUUGUCUGCAAGUCAUGGGCAGAAGUAUUCCAUGACUCACAACUUUGGAGCCAUUUUGUUUUCAAAUUUGAUACGAACAACGAUGCAGAAGGAAAAGCAUUAGUUUGUGCGGAACGAUACAAUAACGAAUUGAAGGAUGUUGAACUUCUUGUUAACCAAUCUCAGGAAGUAAGUCGCAAACGAGCCGUUGCAGUGGUGGAUAGUUUAAUUGAAGUUGAAUUAUGGAAAUUAACUAGAUUCAAGUUUGGAUUCACUGGUGAGAAUCCAUUAUGUUUCAAUGGAAAUUAUAUUUUAGAUAAAGUCAAGGAUUUAUUGAGAUCAAUCAAAGACAAGGACGUCGCUUUCGAUCUCAGAGUAAUCGAUCUAUCACGGAUGAAUAUUGCACUAGAUGAUAGCAUGUUAAAUAUAUUAUCAGAAUUGCACUUGGGCCUACGAGUGGUUCAUAUUCAAAAUUACUGUCUUGUGGAUAACAUAACAGCUGAAGGUGUAUUGAAAUUGGUAAAAUCAUGCAAAAGGAUUGAAGAGUUGUAUGCAUUUUUUCAUUGUAUCACUGAUGAUGUCAUAGAUGUGUUAUCAAAUAAUGUUGGUAGAGCAACUCUAAAUGUCCUUUCACUCAUGUGCAAUAGAAGUGAUAAAUAUACAAGUAUGGUAUCGUCUGAUGCUUGGGCAUCAUUGAAGAAAUCUAAUCCUGACUUAGAGCUAAUCAUGAAGUUUCAUAGUACAAUGCCACGUCAUAUGAUCAAUCCAAUAUUGUGCCACCCAAUUCCUGUGACAAAAAUCGAUCUUCACAUAUAUUGCUGGCUUGAUGAAGAAGUUCAACACAUUGCCGAUGUGUGCAACACUACACUGCGUUCGCUUAGCUGCUAUACAAGUUUAGAUCCAAAUGACAAGGCUAAUGAAGCAUUGCCUCCAGCUCUUCUGCAGUUAGCGUCAAGGUGUGAUAAACUUACAGAACUGCACUGCCAUUGUAUUUUACCUCAGGAUACCAUUGAUCAAAUCAAUACUAUGUGUGACUUGAACUUUUCUACUUUGUACAGUUCUCGUAUUUUCGACUAAAUUUUUUUUUAUUUUAAUUUCAUGAAAUGCAGCAUAAUUUUUGAAGUGUUGAAAUCGUAGUUUACUGUGAACUAGUAUUUUAUACAUGAAUUUGAAACCUGCUUAAUGCACUUUACAAAACCUGAAUCAGUAUACGCAAUAUUAUAUGAUUUUUCUUCACAUUUUUAUUAAGUGCCUUUUUGUAAAUUGUUGCAUGCAAUUAUGUAUUUUAUCAUGUAUCAUAUGAACAAAAAAUGUUCCAUUUUUAUUCUAUUUCUAAGUAACUACUUUAAUUUCGAAUUGCUAUCAGGGAUGGUCAAAACUGCAUAUUAACUAGUGUGUACACAUUUUGAAAGAGAAUAUUUGAAUAUUUCAAAUUUGGUCCUGUUCAGCAUUCAACAAGUUUUUGCUUAUUUAUAAUGGUAUUAUUUAUGGUAGCAGCUGAGAUUGGUUUGAUAUUCAUUUUCUACUAUAAAUGAAAAUUAAAUGAUUUGUUCAAUUGUCAGAUAUUAAUGUGUUAAAUUUUCGAAAAAUGUUAAUAUUUCCAUUAGUCACAUUUUAAAAUUAAUUUUUAAUAUAAUAUGUUUUGUCUGUUCUUUAAUCAAUCACAAUCAUAUA